UUGUUUAAAGAUUGUGCCUGCUUUCCAAAAGACAGUCAGCAACCACGCGUUUCAGAAUUAGCCUCGAAAUAUGGCAGAUAUGAGAGAAGAGUGGUUUAUCUAUUCAAACAUCAGGAUUCAGGAUCUGUUUCCAUCUAUGUACCAAAUCAAGAAAAACAAGACAAAUUUCCGGAUUUAACGGUUGGAAAAACAGACAAAUACGGUUUUCCCAGCCUAUACAAUCUACUUGAGAUUUUCAAAAAUCCAUCAACUUUAUCACAAUCAAUUAUAUUACCGAAACCAGAAAAACUAUACAAUAAAACAAUACUCAAACCGUCUAAACCUACAGAACAUGAAAAGAAAACAGAAAAUGAAUCCGAGCCAACAAAACCAACCGAUGAACAAGAUCAUACACCUGAUGAUAAUCAUCAUGUAGAACAACCUCAGUUAGAUAUUUUACCAGGUGACAAAGGAAAUAUACAUGAUGGUCAACAUGUACAAUUACCUCUCAUUCAUGUUCUACCAGGGGACAAAGAACAUACACAUGAUGGUCAACAUGUACAAUUACCUCUCAUUCAUGUUAUACCAGGUGACAAAGAACAUACACAUGAUGGUCAACAUGUACAAUUACCUCUCAUUCAUGUUAUACCAGGUGACAAAGAACAUACACAUGAUGGUCAACAUGUACAAUUACCUCUCAUUCAUGUUAUACCAGGGGACAAAGGACAUACACAUGAUGGUCAACAUGUACAAUUACCUCUCAUUCAUGUUAUACCAGGUGACAAAGAACAUACACAUGAUGGUCAACAUGUACAAUUACCUCUCAUUCAUGUUAUACCAGGGGACAAAGGACAUACACAUGAUGGUCAGCAUGUACGAGUACCUCACUUUCAUGUUUUACCAGGUGACAAAGGACAUACACAUGAUGGUCAGCAUGUACGAGUACCUCACUUUCAUGUUUUACCAGGUGACAAAGGACAUACACAUGAUGGUCAACAUGUACGAGUACCUCACUUUCAUGUUUUACCAGGUGACAAAGGACAUACACAUGAUGGUCAACAUGUACGAGUACCUCACUUUCAUGUUUUACCAGGUGACAAAGGACAAACAAAUGAUCAUGAAAAUGUACAAACACCUGACCACCUUAUUAUUAUACCAGGUGACAAAGGACAAACAAAUGAUGAUGAAAAUGUAGAAAAACCUGAGCACCUUUUUGUUUUACCAGGUGACAAAGGACAAACAAAUGAUCAUGAAAAUGUACAAACACCUGACCACCUUAUUAUUAUACCAGGUGACAAAGGACAAACAAAUGAAGAUGAAAAUGUAGAAAAACCUGAGCACCUUAUUGUUAUACCAGGUGACAAAGAACAAACAAAUGAUGAUGAAAAUGUACAAACACCUGACCACCUUAUUAUUAUACCAGGUGACAAAGGACAAACAGAUCAUGAAAAACGGUUGGAACCAAAUAAUAAUGUUCGUUUGAACUUAACCAUAGUCGAGGAACCAGAAUUAAUCCCAUCAAAUCCUGUUAAGGAAAAUAUUAGAAUUGAUAUAAUUGAAGAUUUGCCUUCACAACCAUCUAAAAAUGAUGAAAAAAUUGUAGAAAAUAAUCAAAAUAUCCUGAACCUUAUAUUAGAUGAAGAAAAUAAUGUAAUACUUCCGUCACCCGAAGAUAUACAAAUACCAAACAGCCCGCAAUUUAAUGAGUGGCUGCUUGAACAAAUUAAAGUUGUGGAUAACGAUGUACUAGGACUUAAACUACCCAAUGAUAUAGAAGUGCAGAGAUUUAAAUACCUCCUUAUUAAUCUAAUAACUAAGAGUGGUUUUCGCGUAACAGAGCUGGGAGACUUAUUGGAUGAAAACGGUAGAGUGUUGAAGCUUUCAAACUUAAUACUAAAGAGAGUUAUGAUAAGUGACCCAGCGGUUUACAAACAUAUCAUGACGAAACAUAAAUGCAUUGUACCUCAUGACAUCCCAUAUUUGGAGGCUGUUUUCGUUGGCUUAGCUCGCCCGCCAAGAAUCCUAGGGGUAAUACCAUUGAGAAUGACUCUGUUGCCGAAAUGUAAAGGGAAUCAAUGCACCCAAAACAGCCAAUGUAACCCAGCUACUGGCAAAAUUAGCCCUCUUGACCUAAACCACGCUGUCAAACUUGAUUAUUCACCUGAAAUAGGAAGAAAUUUAUACGAACCAGCAAUAAUAGCGGCUAAGGAAGAAUCCAGGAGUCAUAGUGAGCCAGAAUUAACUUUAAAUCUAAACCCGGGGGAUCUUAAGGUAAUUCUUCACCAAUAUUUAGAUCAGGCGGAUAAUGGAGAAAAUGUUGAUGAAUCUAUUACUAUUGAUGAUGAUGAUGAUGAAGAAGUGAUAUUCCCGAAAAUUGUGGGUGGUAACGCUGCCACUAGUAGCGGAACACCCGUCAAUAGUCGAGGAAGAUCAGGUUAUAAUGACCACUGGUAUUUCGUAAGGAAAUAG